AUGCCAGAUAUAUCGUCAAAUAAUGCAAAAGUCACAAAACAACGCACCAAGACUUUCACUGGAUGUUGGACUUGUCGAGACCGUCGAGUAAAGUGCGAUGAGGAACAUCCUCACUGUCGGCGGUGCCAGCGCAGUGGUUGGGUGUGUAAGGGGUAUGGUUUGCGCCUAGGAUGGCCUCAAACUGACGGGGGCCGCUCUCACCGGCGCCAGUUGCGAUCUGCACUACCAGAUGUGGACCAUGGAUUGUCAUCUGCCGCUGUCACCGCGCUGCUGGUUGAGCUGGAUGGAUGUUCGGCGGACGACUCUGCCCAACAACGAGGACCAUUCUCGGUGUUCUCCGUUUCUUCAAGCCCUCAGACGCAAGAUCCAGGCUGUCUUAGUCUACCCAACUUGGAAGAUGCACUUUCAACCCCAAAUGCGGAAGAUACACAGCAUAUCUCAUUGGACUUAAUUAACUCAUCAGUUGGCGACACAAAUAGCGAGUUUGGUUCACCGAAACCAACAUGGGAUGGCUCAUCAUCUACUACCGCACCGUCCAUGUCUGACUUCCACGAAGAACCAUGCCCGGCAUUACCAAUACCUAACAAUCGGGUCGAUGACAUCUCUAUCAACGCAAUUUCUCAUGUGCCUAAUCAUAAAAAGCCCCAAGAUAGGCCCUUAGGACAGAGCGACUUCGGCGGACCUGUAUCGAGUAUUCACAGCAACGGGACUGAGAUCUGCCUCUGGGAUUCCAUGACUCCAUUGAUUCUCCCAAGACUAGAGACAGAGCUAGUCCAUCACUGGGUUGUUUUUCUCAGCGGAAAUAUGCUCCUAAUCGAUACCCCGGACAAUGCCUGCCGGACAGUUUUCCUGCCUCUGGCCCUGAAAGGCCUCGAUGCCUCCCCAACAAAGCCGAACAUACAUCUCUCAAUCUUCCACGCCAUUUGCGCCUCCUCUGCCUUCAGUCUUUCUCACCUUCGCCACAAUUCGCGGUAUCACUCCAUCGCCGUCCACCAUGACCAGCUGGCUCUGCGUCAUUUGCGAGGAAGCCUACAGCUGGCUAGCUGCCUAGAUGAGCCAACAUUGGCUGCUGUUCUCACUUGUAUUACAGCUGAAGCUAUGUCCGGUCGUCGCAGCCGAUGGAGAGCACACGUUUCUGGAUGCCUUCGCCUCCUGGAGAACGAGGUCCAUGGCGAUUGGAUUCGAAGUCCGACUGCUGCUAAAUUGAUUCAAAGUUACUUGUCCCUUUCGUCACUAUGCAGUCUUCCUGUGCCUGGGCGGCUCAUGUCGCUCCUCAAUGGCCCUUCCGAUUUACGUAACUACCUAGAACGAUCGCAUGGAGUCACAACACCACUGGUCCAAUGCCUCGCUCAAAUCACCUCACUCGUUGAGUUCCGCACGCAGUUAUCCAUCGAAGAACUAGACCGACUUGAACUUCACCUCUACUUGAACUUUCCAUCCCUGUCCAACCCAGACGCUCCGGAUUCGAUCAUCGUCCAACAUGCUUUGAACUCAUUCUACUACGCGACGAUCGUAUAUUUCCGUCGCAGUUUGCGUGGCGCACCGUUGUGCGACGUACAGGAUCUGAUUGAGAAAGCAAUACACGAGCUUGAAUCCGUCGAUGCACUCACGCGUGACAAGGGCGGCUGUUCGUACAACUGGGCAAGUUUUGUGGUUGCGGCUGACUGCGAGCGUCAUGAUCUGCAAGAUCGAAUGUUGGCAUUCUUUCACCGGAAAAGUCGGCAUGGAAUCCAAAGUAUCAAUGUAUUGUGUGAAAUCGUUCAAGCUCUGUGGAACCGGCGGGCAGCGGCUGGGCCGCACGUCGAUGUACAGUGGCAGGAUAUUGCAAGGGAAGCUGAUUUUGACUUCAUGCUUGUUUGA